UUUAUUACAUUUCAAUACAGUUUUAGAUAUUUUUGCACCGUUAAACAAGAUCUGGUUUGUAUUGCUACUCAAAUUCGCUUAAGAGUAUUUAAAACCUACUGAUUAUGACAGUAUAGGUAAGAUAUUUUAAAAGUCCAUCCACAAGUAAAGUGGAACUAAUCAAUUGCAAUCACUUCUCCAGUAAAGAACCAAGUAUUCUCAAAUAGGUAGGCAAAGGUCCAUAUAUGAAAGAAAGUCGUGUUAGUUACUCUAUUUAUAACUCAAGAACGGCUAAAUUAAAAUGGCUGAAAAGUGGUGAGGAGGUAUCUUAGAACUAGGACACGGACAUAGGAUACUUUAUAUCCAAGUAUUUCCUGAAAUUUCUUCGGGAAUGGGGAAAAAACUAAUUGGCGCGAACGUAGUCGCGAUCAAAAGCUAGUGCAUAUACAAAUUACACAAUAUAACAUCGCUGAAUCGCAUCGUGUCUACUAUGCAGUAGUUAUAUUUUCCUCCCCUACUCAUCAAUCUAUUAACAGGUACAAAGGUAUAUAGCAACCUACAUCUUACUUACACCUAUGUACAUAUUUUAUCGAUUCAAUUUUACAGAGGAACACAACCUAUGACUCAUUCACUCACUCAUCUGUAUUCACACCUAAAUUCAGGCUGCACUUCCGCGCACGUCAUAAAUCAUCCCUAACUUCAUGCCAAUCAGUGCAGAUCGCUAUCGUUCAGUCAUUCAUUCAGGUUGCAUUUAUUUAUGUAUACGAUAUGUCAAGGCCAAUGAUUCGUAUAUCAUUCGAUUGAACCCUGGCGCAGGUAGCGCGUCCUCCCUUGGCCGGCGCGCGGUGCUGGUCGCGAUUUAUUGAUUUAUAGCCAUACACUUGCAGUUUAGUCCUUUCCUCUAUUAAUAGAUCAAAAAUGUAACAAAAACAUGUGUUUCUUUUACAAAUGAGUGAUAUAUUAGUCUUGUUUUUUUCACAACGUAUACUUUAUACAAAUUACAAACGUAAAACAGAUUUAUUUAAGUCAUCUAAAUAUUGUGAAGAUCGUUGUCAAUUAAUUGGAGCUGAAGGGCUGUAUUUUUCGGCUAAAUGGAUUAUUCACAUUAUGAUAAACAUGGGAAUGUUAAGAGAGAGGAUCCGAGUACGAGCCAGCCUCGUCCUGGGCGACCGAAGUCCCGAUGGGAUGAAGACGUGUAUGGGCCCUGGGUACCUGUAGAACCUACGCGACCUAACGAAGUUGUGCAGGUCGCGCCGCAAUCCUCAGACACAAACUACAAUGAACAAUAUUACUACCAAGAUUACUACUCCCCAUACUACAAUUUAGUGCCUAACAACAAUGCUACGGACUCCGUAGGCUAUUACUCAUCAAAUCCGUACAACACAUUUAACCAAAAUUACGAUACAGCUGCUUCUAUGAGUGAGUAUCUGUACGAGAAUCAACUACCAGUUAAUCAUGGAGGAUAUCACUCUAUGGACCAACCUGGCUCGAGUGCACAAUCACAUCAAGGCAGUUACUGUUACACUCAACGGGAAAGUUAUGACAAACGGAAGAAUAAAGAAAGGAAUAGAGCGACAAUUACAGAACGUAGAAAGAAAAACCAUGCAACUGACAGUCGUGGCAGGACAACAAGGAGAAAAAAUGGCGAACGUGAAAAGGAUAAACCCUCUAGAAAAACGGUAGUGAAGAAAGAAAUCAAAUCAGAACCCACAACAAACACAUUACAAGAAGAAAUAUUAAACACUAAGCGCAAACAGUUAUUAAAACAGAUAAACAGAUCUUCAAGAAAAGAACGAAGGAAAAAGACGAGGUCUGCUUCUGAAAAGAAUCGCCAAAAGAAAAUAAAAACCUUUAAUCGCCAAUGCAGAAGUUUCACAAGAAAAGUUUUGAUCUCGAAAGAUAAAAAAUAUCGGUCAUUAAGUCCGGCUUCCUAUCAACGGUAUCUGGAUUUUCAACGCUUUUUGAUCAAUCACUAUACAAGUGUAUCAAAAUAUAGAGUCAAAAGAAAAAAAUGUAUUCAAAGAAAGAAUAAAAAGCUAAUAAAUAUACAAAAGAAGAAAGACAAACAAAUUGAAUCAUUAAAUCAACAAUCUUCUAAUGAAAAGAUACACGAAACUGAGGAAAGUAGUGAUGAAUCGAGUGAUGAAGAAAAUACACAAGGAGAGCAGGAUAAGAAUGUCCCAACUGAACAAGUUACUGAAUCAAAGUCGUCAAGGAAAAGGCCCCGAAGCAAAAGUCCUAAAGACUCAGAAAAAGCCAAAGAUGAGAAUGAUAAUCAAGAAAAUACUAAAAAUGAAAACUCAAAGACACCAAGUAAACGAUUCGUCAAAGUAAAAUUAAAUAUAAAUAUUGAAAAUCCAUCUUGUGCUUCUGAUUGUAGUGAGUCUUGUGCAACUAUGGAGAAUUUAAGUUUUGUAGAAGAGAUAGACGUUGAUAAAAUUAUUAAACUUCUAAAUAUGGAUCCAAACCAAGAAACUGUGUCAACUGAAGACACUCGAGGAAAUGCACGCAACGAGGAGACGCUCUCGCAAAAUAAUUUAACAAAAGAUGAUCUCCCUAACGAUAAUACUAGCGAUGACAAUGAACAUCAUCAGGCGAAUCAAACAAAUAAAUCAGUUCCUAGUAGCGAUCACGAAAUAAUAGAUCUAACAGUAGGGGAACCCGCAAAGGAUAGUUCACAAAAUAAGGCAGUAAAUAAACAAAAUCAAAAACCAAAUAAAGUAGCACCAAAAAAGAAUCCAAAAGAAUCUGGUGAAACAAUGGCAAGUAAAGCUAAACCAAACAAUCCAAACCAAAAAGACGGAACAAACUCACAACAAUCAAAGAAAGAAACAGUUAAAGACAACGAUUCAUCGAAAAACAAUAGUAGCAGAAACGAUUCAACUAAAUAUGAUAGUAGCAGAAAAGAUUCAACGAAAAACAAUAGUAGCAGAAACGAUUCAACUAAAUAUGAUAGUAGCAGAAAAGAUUCAACGAAAAAUGAUAGUAGCAGAAAAGAUUCAACAAGAAAUGAUAGUAGAAAAAAAUAUUCAACGAGAAAUGAUAGUAGCAGAAGGGAUUCAACGAGAAAUGAUAGUAGCAGAAGGGGUUCAACGAGAAAUGAUAGUAGCAGAAGGGAUUCAACGAGAAAUGAUAGUAGCAGAAGGGGUUCAACGAGAAAUGAUAGUAGCAGAAGGGAUUCAACGAGAAAUGAUAGUAGCAGAAAAGAUUCAACGAAAAAUGAUAGUAGCAGAAAAGAUUCAACUAAAAAUGAUAGUAGCAGAAAAGAUUCAACUAAAAAUGAUAGUAGCAGAAAAGAUUCAACGAGAAAUGAUAGUAGCAGAAAAGAUUCAACGAGAAAUGAUAGUAGCAGAAAAGAUUCAACUAAAAAUGAUAGUAGCAGAAAAGAUCCAACUAAAAAUGAUAAGUCAUCGAGAAAGGACAAUAGCAAGGAAGACGAAAGUAGAACCAACACCUCAAAUAGUGAUAGGGAUAAAACACGACGGAGUGAAAAACGGAGGAGCUCUGAUGAUGGCCAUAAUAAUAGUAAUACGAAACGGACAAGAGAUUCCAAGCACAAUGAUAAAAGUAAAAGCAGCGAUGGUAAAACCCGCAGUAAAUAGUAAGUAUAUUAAUGUAUUUAAACAGUUUUAUUUAGCAUGACCUGUUUGUUUGUUUGGACCAGGUAAUUAGAUUUUAGACUUCCGAUUAAUCUGACAUGUGGUACACACUAUCAAUCUUAACAUAAAAACAAUAUUUUUUGCAUUAUUUGUUCAAAAUAUUUAUGAGACUGGUCGCCCCCUAUUAUGGUAGACAUGGCGAAGAAUAGUCUUACUGACAUUGUAUUUCUGCACCUUUACCUACCUCUUCAGGGAUUAAAGGGUUACCGAGAAUUUUGAAAUUCUCACAAAUAUUCCUCGCAUUUUUUUCUAGAGAACUUUGUUAUUAUAAAAGUCAGAAUUUUGUGU